AUGGCUUUUGCUCUUGGCUCGCUGUUCCUCUUUUGCAGCAUUAGUUCACUGUUGACCGGAGUUUACUCUCGGACAAACCUUCACGAGAAUGGAAACAGCUGCUGUCCUAAAGGCUGGACUCGGUUGGACCAUCGCUGUUUCAUCUACCAAGAUGACCGCAGGGAAUUUGCAGAUGCAGAAAAGGUCUGCCAGGUUAUUGGUGGCAAUCUGGCCUCUAUCCACAGUACUUUGGAAUAUACCGUAGUUCUUGAAAUGAUUAAGGAAGCCUCUGACUCUUCUGAUGAUGUUUGGAUUGGACUCCAUGAGAGCAUAGAGGAAAAGGCCUUUUUCUGGACUGAUGGGUCAUCCGUUGAUUUCACUACAUUCAAUGAUAAUGUCACUUCUGGAGAUUGCGUUGAAAUUGAAUUCCAAGAUGGUCAAUGGGACAACGACAGCUGCUAUGACAGGAACAGAUUUGUUUGUGCCAGAGAUAUUGAACAAUGCUGCCAAUGA